AUGCUGAAGAACUCGCUCUUCCUUCUCGCCCUGGUCGUGGUGGCAGUCAGCGGGGACUAUGUCUUCCCCGAACCAGAUGGUCCCUUCCGCGUCACGAUGACCUCGGAAGAGCUCGUCGACCAAGCCCGCCCAGACCCAUUCAACUCGUCUCACCCAAGGCGCCUCAUGAUCUCGCGGUUUACCCCCGUUCCCAGAAAGCAGUGCCAGAAGACAUGCCUGGUGCAGUACAUGCCAGAAGUAGUUGCUCGCGAGGAAGAUGCCAACCUGCUGGCCUUUCUCAAAACGGACGAAUGGCCAGUCGGCAUCUUGUCGCAGCUGCAGCUCCAGCUAUGCUGCGAGGUGCGGCCCGGGUGCAAGAAGAAGUCCUACCCGACCCUGCUGCUCGGCACGGGCCUCAACACCACGCGCCUCUUCUACUCGGCCAUGGCGCAGAACAUCGCCAGCACGGGCUACGAGGUCAUCGUCAUGGACCACCCCUACGAGACCGACAUUGUGCAGUUCCCCGACGGCACCAUCAUCUACGGCGGCAACGUCCCGGCGGACAAGAACAGCACUGGACCGCUCAUCCACGCCCUGGACGCCCGCUUGAGGGACACGUCGUUCAUUCUCAACGAGCUCGGCGUGCAGUAUGCAACUGACAACCCGUCAAACAGCAAGGUCGGCUUCGUGGGCCAUUCGUUCGGGGGAGCGGCGGCAGCGCACACGAUGCUGAAUGACACGCGCGUGGUCGCGGGCGUCAACUUUGACGGCCUGAUGUUCGGCCCCGUGCUGAACGCCGGGCUCGGGCGGCCCGGUAUCCCCCAGUCGUUCUUGCUCUGGGGCUCAGAGGGUCAUAACUCCACCGCCGACACGGCGUGGGACCAGCUCUGGGAGACGCAUGAUAGCUAUCACCCGGGAGAGUGGAUGAAGGAGCUGAGCAUGAAGGGCUCGGUGCACGGCAGCUUCUGGGACAUGGUUCUCAUUGCGGACGUCGCUGGGCUCAGGGAGAACCCGUCACUCUACGGUGAGGUCACGGGCGCUCGGGUAAUGGAGAUCUUGAGGGCGUAUCUGCGGGAUUACUUUGGUAUGGCCCUGACUGGAAAGGGAGAGGGCCUGCUCGCUGGGCCGGAUUCCAAGUACAGCGAGGUCGUGUUCGUGAGGUAG